UUUUUCUGUAUCGUUGAAGAUCUCUUACGGACGUUUGAGUGCGCGUUUCUGUUGUUGCGGGUUGAAGUAGCAUUUAGACAUGUUUCGACGCUUUCCUGGUCGUGCUAUGAUGGGAUAUCAUGACGGUUUCGGAAUGGAAUCUCAUGUGGAGGAAAUCAAGCAGAUUGAACGACCGAUUGAUAGAGAGCGCACUUGUCCUCUACUUCUGAGACUCUUUUACCAAAUAGGUCGCCACCACGCUCCACACGAAUACACUCAAGGAAAAACUCCGUUGAAUGAAUUACAAAUAUACACGUGGCUAGAUGCUAGUCUUAAGGAGUUGACUUCUUUGAUCACGGAUGUGAAUCCUGAUGCCCGCAGACGUGGAACUCACUUUGACUUUAAACUCGUUUGUCCUGGACCGAAUGGAUACCGACUCGUUGAUGUUGGAAAUACGUGUACUGGUAUGAGAAAUCCCGACGACUCCAGAACUCUCGCUCAAAUCAACUUCGUUAUUGGAGACUACAUGGACAUCUGCAUUACUCCACCGAAUCGUGUCAUUCGCGGAGGACGACAAAGACAAUACUAAAUAUGAAAAUUUUUUUGUGGAAUAAUGAAAAUGUUUGUAAUGCGUUCAGAA